AAGAAAUAGGCGUAGUAGAAGAAGAAAGAAGCGGAAGAGCAGCGGAUGUUUUGAUCUGUCGGCUUACAGAAAAUGUCAAAAAAGUCAAAAAAGAGAAAGCGCAAGAAGUUGUCAUCCUCAAGUGAAGAAGAUGAAAAGGCAUCCAAGAAACGAGAUGUUACCAAGAAGUGCAAACAUGGCAAGAGAAAGCGAGAUGUAAAAAGUCAGGAGAGCUGUGCAGCAAAACCGGAAAAUUGUGCUUUUUCUACCGUUAAAGAUGUUUCCCAAAGCACCCGCCAGAUCAAAAAGCCUGUCUACAGACUGGCAAAAACACAAGCAGCAGACCAGAAACCUGUUAAUAAGGAAGAAGAAUCUACAAAAUCAAAAAGUGUCUUAGUGCCAUCCCAUUGGGGAAAAUGCUCUAGUAAAGCAAAAAACGAUAUUUCAGGGAACAAGAAUACUGUCAGUGGGAAUAAGACUGUGAAAAUGGGACACUUAAAAUCCUUGAACAAUGCAGGUGCAGUUCCUCAGAGGACAGACAAGACAUCUAAUAAAAAGUCUUCCCAAAGGACCCCAUCCAAAAGAAAAAAGCAGCAAAUGAGUCCCAGUUUGGUUUCUGCUGAACAGAAAGAACAGAGGCAAGAUGUCCUGGACAGGGAGUGCAGAGCUGAGGAACCAUCAAGGACUGAAAAUGACAGCGACACCAUCAAGACCAGGGAACCAGGCAAGACCUCCUCAGCUUCCAACGAUACUUCGCGGCAAAAGAGAACCGAACUGUUUGAGAAGAUGUGCCAAAGGCAUCAAAAAAAUAAAGCUAAAAGGAGCCGGUGUACAGAAGCCAAAACUUCCUCUUCCUCUACCACAAAGCAUUCCUCCACUUCAGCCAAGCAGACUACCUCAGUGAGUAGCUCAGAUGUGGUGAAGAAUGUCCCUUCAAUCCCAGGGAAUGCCACAUCAGUGUCACAUAAAACAGCUAAGUUAUCAUCUGCUCAGCAACAAAAAUGCUCUAUCGCAUCACCUCUACCUCCUAAUUUUAAGAUACCAAAAAUGGUUCAACCAAGGCCAGUAGGUAGCACCGGUAGGGAUGAUGAUGCUAGUUCUACAAACAGAAAUCUCAAACAUGGGACUGAGAUUUCAGCCUCUGGGGCCUCAAGGAGCAAUUCCAAGCAGGAAACUGUCCAACAAGCUCAGAGCUGUUUGGAUGUUACACCUAGUUGUUCAUCUGAAGGACAAGAUAAGAGGCCAUCUUUGUCAGAUCAACUCCCAGCUACGUCUCAUACCGUCACUGAGCCGUGGUAUGACCAGAUGCAAGUGGUUGAAGAGCUACAUCUUGCCCGUUCUGAGAAGAGAUUGGAGGUGAAUGUAAUGCAAAGCUAUGGAGAAUUAACCUGUAUGGACAUAGACCUUCCAGAAGAGGGCGCUGCAGACACGUGUAAACAACCUCCUCAGCAAGACCUAAUCCUUGUUUUGGACACCAACAUUCUCCUCAGUCACCUGGAUUAUGUGAAAAAGAUCAGAUAUCACGGCCUUGGAGCCUUGCGCAUCCCUAUCGUCCUGAUCCCCUGGGUGGUGCUUCAGGAGCUGGAUUCCCUAAAAAGGGGGAAAGGCCUGUCAGGUUCUGUGGCCCACCUGGCAACUCCUGCCAUCUCGUACAUUUACAACUCUUUGAAGAAUCGGGAACCUCACCUCUGGGGGCAGUCUAUGCAGCAGGCCGCUGAGAGCAGCAAUGGUCUGAAUGCUGAGAAUAAUGAUGACAGGGUGCUGCAGUGCUGCCUGCAAUACCAGAGUCUCUACCCAGAGUGUGCUCACAUUCUAUGCACUAAUGAUAAGAACCUAUGCAGUAAGGCCCUCCUGAGUGGGGUGAAGGCCCUCAGCAAGAGUGAUUUAGAGGCAGAGGUUGGAAGAUCCAGACAUGGCUUUCAGCCUGUGCAAAACAAUAAGACUCCCAUGCUGCCUCACAUCAGCCCUCCUGUCUCAUCACCAAUGCCGAGCAGGAGCUGUACGCCAGUCCAGCCACACUGUCAAGAGACAACAGGCAUUUCUGUAGAAGAGGAAGAUGACAAGCGGCUGACCAAAAGAGAGGAUGAAGAGAAGACAAAAUGGGACUGUAGCUGUGUUUCUGAACUAGAAGACUGCCUGCGAGAGGUGCUGUCUGAUGUGUUAGAGGUGGAGAUGAAGGCGGCUUACCAAGAGCUCUGGCUAGAGAUAGUUUACCUGAAACCACCAUGGACUCUUCAAGAUGUUCUGCAUUGUUUAAAAAAACACUGGAUUGCUGUUUUUGGGCACAUUGUCCCACGGAGGAAGCAGCAAACAGUUUUAAAUCUCAUUGACUUCUUCAACUCAGGUAAAAAUGCAGACUGUAGCGCUACCUCAGCGGCCCUCCAAGAAGCUAAGGAGCUUGUGAAAGCGUUUGGGAAAAGUUCAAGCCGUGUUCCGAGUGCCAUCUCCAUAAUGGACAACAUUUACAAUAAGCUACAACCGCAGUGGGAAUCUCCUGCCUGUGAUGUUGUCAUGAAUGAUGAUGAUGAAGACAAACAACCCACAUCUGCUCAGGUUUCUCACCAGGAAGUAUGGGCCCUGUUUGAGAACAUCUGGUCUAAUGUGUUCCAAUUAAGCUUAGAAGUGUUCAAAGCUCUGGGCUUUGACCCUCACACCAUGCAGAGGGCUCAGUCAGUGGGAGGCCCUCCGCCACCACAGGACGCCUUGGUCUGUUUGCACAAACUGUCCUCCAUGGUCUCACAGCUGCUCCAAGCCUUCAGCAGUGUCUUGUCCUCGGCUCCUGGUUUAGAGGAAGUCCAGACACUGCUCGGCAUCAUCCACUCUAAUAAGAUUGUUGAUGUGGAUUCCAGAUUGACAGCCAAAGACCUUCUAGAUUGUUUCUCACAACAAGACUACAGGGAGAAGCUGCGAGUUGGAGGGAACCAGUUAAUGGGGCUGAAAGAGGCCCUGGAUCGAUGUGUCGGGACCUCAGGUCAACAGAUCCCCUUUACCACGUCGCUGCCCUGAUUGGAUCAGAAUCAGGGAGUCUGCACAUCAGCCAAACAGAUGCGCUGAAUAAACGAUAUCCUUUACUUGAAGUAAAACACUUGAAUUUGAAGCGGCGUCUGCUGCUCAUACUGUGCCUCUGGUGACUGGAACUGUUUACCCUUUUUUAAUUUCCAUGUAUGGAUGUUCUCCGUCAUUGUAAAGGGCAUUACAUAUGCUAAACAGAGCUUGUACAGCAUUUUCUGUAGCUGACUGUUUUACAUUAUUAAGAGUUUAGAGUUCCUCCAAUAUUCAUUCAGCUACAUUACACCUGGUUGUCAUAUCUCCUGCCAAAUCACAGUUGAGCAGUGAUUUCUCACCUUUCACGGGGCAUUUUAUAUAUCAUUUUAUAUUUCAGUUUAGUAAGUCUAACAUUUAUGCACAGAACGUAUCAUUUUGUUACCGGUAGUUAAAUCACAGCGCUGGCUUUCAUUAUUGUUAUUUAAACAUUUAUAUUUGCUUUUGAAACACAGUUUGUUACAUAGUGUGCAAACAUAGAAUUUUGAGAUAUUUAUUUAGCGAUAGUUUUAGACGAUAUGAAUGUGUGGUGAUGCAACAAUGUCUGAAGUUUUAGGUUUACGCCUCGGGCCACUAAGACAACUGACAGACAGCUUUCUUUUAAUGACUAUAGUUAACUAUGUUUUAAUGUCUGUUCACUAUUUUUCAUCCCCGACCCUAUUUAGCAGUUGGUUCCCAUUAUUUAUGAUUGUUCAACUCCACCGAAAGCUUCAGUUCACUGGGCUUAAAGAAGUCAUUUUUGGUAAAUAACGCUCAUUCGCUUUCUUGCUGAGAGUCUUUGUGCUAUGCUAAGCUAACCAUCUUCAUAUUUUUCAUGUUCUUUUUACCAAAUUAAUGCUUUAGACUUUACACAACUGACUGCAAAUGUAGUUAAGAGCAUAAUAACCAAAGCAAUAACACCUGACGGAGAGUAAGGUUUGACGUGCCUGGCUAUCUUUUGAGCUUCUUCUUUUCAAAAUCAUGAUUUUUGAAAGCCGACAGAUUGUCUCACGGUCCCAGUGAGAAGCUGAAACCAAAUGGCUAUUUAUUUAUUUGUACUAAAGCUGUUGGUGGGGAUGUCACGCAUAAUCAUAAAUGAUAAAAGAACAAAACUUUAAUAGAGUCUAGUUGGAAAACCAGUGUGUUCAGAUUUUGCUGGUUUUGGUUGAUUUAUUUUAAGUAGAAAUGUAAAUAAUUUGAGAACACAAAAUAUAUUUUAUGUAAAAUACUUGAAUGUUUACAACAAGACAUUAAAUGUGUUGAAGUUUGUCUUA